AGUGCCCACGAAUUCAAGUGCCGGCACGUGGCAUAUGCAUACAAGCUCCACAAUCAAACUAAUUUCUCGGGUGCUGCCUCGUGCCAUGUUAGCAAACUGCGAGAUGAGGAUAAAAUUUGCCAUGUCCUAAUCCAGGUGGCAAUUCUAUGCCUAGUCACUAGUCAGCUUGGCCAACGCCGUUUCACCUAUAAAAGCCUAAGCUCAUCCACUUACAAUUCCAGCGUCUCCAGUCUCCACUCUCUACCCAAAAAACACCUAAUCGCCUACCCCCAGCACAAGAAAGUUCUUUUUUUUCUCCCCCUCUUCCUCUUUCCUCAAUUUCCUUCUCUGUUUCGCCGCGCCGGCGAUUAGAAUCUCGCCGGAGACAUGGGUAUUCCUGCGACUGCAUUUUCUGCUUCUAUACGCAAUGCCCGUGCUUCCGAUCAACCCCGCCACGAAAAGACCCUAAGCUGAAAGGCAUAAUUUUCUAUUGCAUAGCUUCUAAGUUAUUCGAUUUUUCUAAUCAUGGAGGGAAGGUACCGGAUUUUGCUUGCACAGAAAUUUUGUGCAUGGGAUUAGAUCAAAAUUUUCUGAGGCUUUUUGAUUGGGUGUGGUGAUCCUGUUGAGGGUUCCAAUUUUGAGGUUUUUUUUUUUUGUUGCUUUUUCUUCCUAAGGUAAGGCGUUACCGUUGUGGCUUAUUGGAGGGAGUAAAAUGUGCAAGAAUUUGAUUGUUAGCCUGUGGCAUUGAUUUUUUUAAUUGUCUAGUUCAUGGGUUUUGUAAAUUUACUGGAAGAAUCAGGACCAGAAGAAGCAAUUGAUUAGUCACUCUGCUGCAAAUCUGCGAGUCUGUGCAAUCCACGUAUUUGAGAGAGCUCUGAAUAUUGAGCAGAACUGACACGCAGAGCUUAAACCAGAGCAUUCAAUCCAUUUUAACUUCUAUCCUUCAAUAUUUAGGAUCGGGUCUUCUCUUUUUCUAUAUCUUCAGAGCUGUUAUGCCUUUUCCUAUGAAGAUCCAACCCAUAGAUAUUGACUGUCAGACAACGGUUCCGGCGAGGGCCGAACCGGUGAAGCCGGUGUUGAAAUCGCGUCUGAAGAGGCUGUUUGACCGGCAAUUCCCCGGUGUGUUGAGAAUUUCCUCGGUCGAAAAGCCAAGCGUUGGUGAAGCACAGUAUGGGACCAAGGACGGAGGAGGUGCCGGGACGGAGUUUGAGCCGAGCUCAGUAUGUUUGGCUAAAAUGGUGCAGAAUUACAUCGAGGAGAGCAACGAGAAGCCGUUUCGCGGCCGUCACCGAUGCAAUUGCUUUAAUGGGAACAUUAACGACAGCUCCGAUGAUGAAUUUGAUAUAUUUGGUGGUGGUGGCUUUGGGGAAUCGAUCAGCAAUGGAUCAUCUGGCGAUGCCUCCGAUAUUCUUAAGAGUUUGACUCCCUGUGCCACUGUUCACGAAAGAAACCUCCUAGCUGAUACUGCGAUGAUCGUCGAGAAGAACAAGAAUCACAAGCAAAAGGACGAUUUGAGAAAGAUCGUAGCCGAUGGAUUAUCAUCUCUCGGCUACGAUUCCUCCAUUUGCAAAUCCAAAUGGGAUAAAUCCCCCUCUCACCCUGCCGGUGAAUAUGAGUAUGUAGAUGUGAACAUAGAAGGAGAGAGACUUUUGAUCGAUAUUGACUUCAGAUCGGAGUUCGAAAUAGCUCGAUCAACUGGAGCCUACAGGGCAAUCCUUCAAUCACUACCGUACAUCUUCGUCGGAAAAACGGAUCGGCUAGGCCAGAUCGUAUCAAUCGUAUCGGAGGCUGCGAAGCAGAGCUUGAAGAAGAAAGGCAUGCACUUUCCUCCGUGGAGAAGAGCCGAGUACAUGCGUGCUAAAUGGCUCUCUUCUUUCACUAGGCAAAACGAAACCAUUCCAAACACAAAAUCCGAUAGCGAGAAAGACGAGUGUUUGGUUGCGACGGAGAUUAGUGACGACUGUGGAGAACUCGAGCUGAUUUUUGGUGAAAAAACAGCAGAGUUGGACCCUGAUUCAUCAUCGCCGAAGAAAAUUUCCGACGAAGAUGAGAAAGUGAAAGUGGACUCCGCCACCUGGCAGCCGCCGGCAGUCAAACCGAAGAGUGUAGAUAAAGGAGCGAGGAUGGUGACUGGAUUAGCUUCUCUGCUCAAAGAGAAAGCAUAAAAAAAAUUUUGGAUUUUUUUUCUUUUUUUUUUCCUCUUUUAAUUUCCAGAUAUAAUAUAUAUAUAUAUAAGUGAAAUAUAUCAUCGGAUAGUGGUGCCGGUACGACCUCUGUUUUCCCUCCUAUUUUUAAAUCCUAAGCUUGCAAGGGUGUUGUAAUAGGCAGAGCCAGAGGAAGUUUAGCAGCAGGGAAUCUAUCAUCAUUGUAAAAAAAAAAUUUUAUAUAAAUAGAAAAAAAAAUGAAAAUAAGUAUAUUUAAAUAAGUAAAUUUUUCUGAAA